UCUCUUUCCACUUUCUGGACCUCUGUCGUUACUUCUCUUUCCUGUCCUUGUAACAGCUUUCCCGACUAUUCUGUUCAUUUAUGAGUUUAUCAUGUUCCGUAUGCUUUCUGUUUGAACCGCAAGUCUCUGUCCGGGUGUCCGUUCCGAUCCCCGCAGCCUCGACAUAUGAGGGCCGCUCCAUUUUUCGCCAUAUUUUGAUAUGCCCAUUGACCGUCUCUUCCAAUUCUCCUGGCUCGGUGCCUCAGCCUUGACAUAAACCAUGCUAGCGACCUCUCCUUCUCCCUCCAUACCUGCGCGCCGUUUCGACUCGGCAGCCUACUCUCCACGGCCCCCAGCACACUAUGAUCAGCCCUCCUCCACCUCCACAAAGUCUGCCUCUCGACCUUCGCUGAACGAGCCAGCGGUCUCUGCUCCUUCGAGAAAAUACCAUUUCUCCUCGCCGGAGCUUCCAUCCAAAGCCCACCGACUCCCGAGCACGAGAUCCUUGGACAGAUACAGCCCUCCAGCGCGUCCACGUGUGAAAAUGGUUGACGCUGCUACCCAAUACUCUCCUCCAGAACAACAAGCGUCCUCCUCACCCACCACGAACAUACCUACAUCCACAAUUGCAGGCUUGCAAUUAUCGGAGAAAGAGGAACUAAAGUCCCGCGCGUCAGGCCGAGAAAGGACGGCACCGCAGCGGACCACCGCUGCCCGCCCAACAGACGCUGCCGCCCUGGCCAAAACCGAAGACACUCCCAUACAGCCAGCACCUUCACAAGCUAAGCGUUCCGCUGACGAGCCCGCCGCUCAAACCCCUCCUGCGACGACCUCGAACGGCGACGUUCCCACCACCAAUACCGUGCUUCAGUCGCCGGUGAAGAAAGCCCGUCCUGACGCCCCUCCUGUGCGCAUUAUGCCCCUCCUCUACGAGACCUGCAAUACCCGCGACUUAGUCGUCCUCAUAUCCUCCAUGCUUAUGGAAUUAAUCCGGUACAAUGAUGCGAUUCCUCUUCAAGAAGGCCAGCUCACACGCUUCCACUCCCGCGCUCCUCCGGGCAUUUCGGUCCUCGACUACCUCCAACGUCUCACCACGCACGCCACUCUCUCCCCGCCCAUCUUACUCAGCGUCGUUUACUACAUUGACCGGCUUUGCACUUUAUACCCAGCUUUUACGAUCAGCAGUCUGACAGUGCACCGUUUCUUAAUCACCAGCGCAACGGUAGCGAGUAAAGGACUGAGUGACUCAUUUUGGACCAACAAGACAUACGCCAGGGUCGGUGGUGUGAGCAUGAAGGAAUUGGCCCUCUUAGAACUCGAAUUCUUGACGAAAAUGGAGUGGCGGAUAGUCCCUCAGCCCGAGACACUAGUUGAAUAUUACAAAAAUCUCAUCGAAAGAAGCGACCAGUAUCAGCUGCAAGAAGAAUGAGAAUGAAAUUGAUAUUGAAACUGAACACCGUUCUAGCAUGAGCACAGCAUUGCACAUGUGACGUUUGCAUACGUGCAUGAUGCGAGUAACAUCAUGCCAAUGGUACAUUGAUCGGAGGCGGCGGCCGGGCAGAUCGGAUCGUGUCCAAUCGCUUCUGUUCUUGCAUGCGUCUCGUCUCGUCUAUCCGGCCACCUACCGGCAAGCUCGACUCGACCAGCGCAAAUCUGGGGGAUGUACUCCGUAAAGCGAUCGAUCUCGAUCUUGAUUUGGCGCAAGUCAACCCCCGAAGGCCGACCACCUCUCAACCUCCGCGCUGGAAGAAGGCGGACAGAGUGGCCUCGCAAAUCAAUUGCAGUUGGAUACUUAUACAUGUCUGCAGUUGAGUGUCCCUCGAAAAACAAGGCACCGCUGAUGAAUUCUCAUGAGGGUUCCACGUCUAAGAAAGCCAUACGUGACGCGAGAGGGUACUUGGAACUGGAGACGAACAGUCUCAUCAAUGUCAAUCCGGUUUUCGUGAAAGAAGAAGCGAGUCUUCUCCCAAUGACUUCACACCCUUGGCCACGAUUUGGCAGCCGAAAAUGACAAGUAACCUGCUCUCAGAAGUGCGUAAUGACAAUGGAUCAAGCCUGCGAAACUGAAAGCCAUCCUUCCUCCCCAUACUAUGUGUACUCCGACGCUUGAUGUUGUACAAACCCGCUUCAAAUACGUUCAUGAUCCGAGAUCCCCAAAACCCAUCUGCAUGUCCGUAGAAAGGUAUCAC